AUGGUUGCUUUGCUAGGAAAUAGUCUCCUCCUGGUUGUGAUCCAGGUGGACUCAAGUCUUCAGACUCCAAUGUAUUUUUUCCUCAGCCAGUUGUCCUUCAUGGAUAUGUGCCAAGUCCUCGUCAUUGUUCCCAGAGCAGCAAUGGAUUUUGCAACAGAGUCCAAAACGAUUUCUCUGGUUGGGUGUGUGGCCCAGGUUUUCCUCAUUCUGAACAUAGGAGGAGCAGAGUGCCUCCUGUUGGCUGUCAUGUCAUAUGACAGGUAUGUGGCCAUUUGCCGCCCUCUGCAAUAUCCAGCUCUCAUGAGAAGAAAGUUAUGCUUAGUCAUGUCAGCCAGUGUAUGGAUUUCAUCUUUCCAUUAUGCAUUGAUGAAAGCAAUUUAUUUACUAACUCUUUCAUACUGUGGAUCAAAUGUGAUAAACCAUUUUUUCUGUGAGUUCCACGUCCUGAUAAAGUUGUCCUGUUCAGAUACAUCCCUCUUUGAAACAGUGUCGUUAUUAAUUGGUAGCCAUCUAUUGCUUCUGUUCCCCUUCUCCAUCAUUGUGGCCUCCUACGUGUCCAUCCUCCUGCAGAUUCUGAGGGCUAAGCGUUCAGCAGAAAGAAGCCACAAAGCACUGGGCACCUGUUCGUCACACUUGUGUGUAGUAGCCAUCUUCUAUGGGUCGGCCAUCUUGCGGCACCUAAGGCCAGCCUCCUCCUACUCAGCAGAGAUGAACCAGAUUUUUGCUGCAUUGUGCACAAUUGUCACCUCCACUGUGAAUCCUUUUAUAUACAGCCUGAGAAACCGGGAUGUACUAGCAGCCUUAGGGAAACUGUUCAGGAAACUGAAGGCACUUCCGUGA